AUGUCGCCCACCAACCCGGCCUCGCCCGCCCAGAUCCAGAUCCUCAUCAAGGCCGUCAACCGCAUCAUCUGCACCGUCGUCCCAACCGCGAAUCCCUGCCGCGGCAUCCAGAGCCUCUGCGGCACGCCCCAGUGCGCCCCUGCCGGCGGCGGCGGCAUGCCCAUGCACGCCAACAACAACAACAACAACGGCAGCAACAGCCUGCUGACGCCCUCCGACACCUCGCCCGCGGCAUCCGGAUACCCGCUGUCGCUGACGUACUACGCGCCCAACAGCGCCCGGUCGUCGUCCGCCAUGCCCGGGUUUCCCCCGCCCGGAGAGGGCCAGGGAGGAGCGGGCGCGAUGAGCAUCCCAGGGGCGCACGACCCGGACUUUGACUGGAGGAUGUUUGACGUCGAGACGCUCAUGUCGAUUGAUCCGUUUGAGUUUAUCUUGAACGCGAAGAUGAAUGAGGAGGGGCAGACGGGGCUGUGA